AUGCUGGACGGAUGGCCUCCAGAGGUUCAGCGUCUGUUCGAGAGCAAUGCCGUCACCACCGUCGGCUUCGCUGCCAACGACAUCGACGUGAAAAAGUUCGAGAUUUCUGGGAUCGCCAUCGACCGGGGGACCCUCUUUGACCUCCAGCCGUGGUGCGAGGCAGAGAUGGGCGAGAACAGAAGUGUAGAGCAAGGCUGGCGCGUCGGGCUCAAGAGAGCCGCAUGGUGUGUUCUGGAUUUUGAGAUGGACAAGACUAGCACGGUGGCUUCUUCCAACUGGGAGCGAGAGGAGCUCACAUCAGCGCAGGUCGAGUACGCUGCCAUGGAUGUCUGGGUUGCUCUGCGGCUGUACCAGAGGCUGGCUAGUGUCUACGCCGAGCCGCUCGAUUGA